AUGGAGGUUGAAAUUUUUGUUGUUUGGGGAACUGAUUUUAUGAGCUCGUUUCCCUCGUCCAGUGGGUGUAAGUACAUUUUGGUGGUCGUUGACUAUGUGUCGAAGUGGGUGGAGACCAUAGCUCUUCCUACCAAUGAUGCCAAGGUUGAGGUUAAGUUUGUGAAAAAGCAUAUAUUUAUAAGAUUCCGCACUCCGAAAGUGAUGAUAAGUGAUGGGGGCACCCAUUUCUGUAACAAGCUCUUAGACAAUGUCUUAGCGCAAUAUGGGGUCAAACAUAAAGUUGCAACCGCUUACCACCCUCAGACUAGUGGGCAAGUGGAAGUUUCAAAUAGAGAGAUAAAGCAGAUCCUGGAGAAGACGGUUGGUCAAGUAGGAAAGAUUGGGCUACAAAGCUUGAUGAUGCUCUAUGGGCAUACCGGACCACCUACAAAACUCCAAUCAGAACCUCCCCUUACAAGCUGGUUUAUGGGAAAACAUGCCAUUUACCGGUUGAACUUGAGCACAAGGCUUAUUAGGCAAUAA